AUGUCGCGAAUGACCAACGGUGGAAAGAUGGUGUGCUCCAGCAGUCAGUACCUCGCUACAUGCCAUGGCGCGAGCAUCAGUGCGUAUCGUAAGGCAGAAGAGCCUGUGCUGGUCUCACUUGUCCCAGUGCUUCUCAAAGAAGAACAUGUGGCCAGACCAGGGCCGACGGUGUGUGACAUCAGAGAGGGUGGGGGAGGGCGGGGCAGGAGACAGGGGGCGGGGCAGGAGACAGGGGGCGGGGCAGGAGACAGGGGGCGGGUCAGGAGACAGGGGGCGGGGCAGGAGACAGGGGGCGGGGCAGGAGACAGGGGGCGGGGCAGGAGACAGGGGGCGGGGCAGGAGACAGGGGGCGGGGCAGGAGACAGGGGGCGGGGCAGGAGACAGGGGGCGGGGCAGGAGACAGGGGGCGGGGCAGGAGACAGGGGGCGGGGCAGGAGACAGGGGGCGGGGCAGGAGACAGGGGGCGGGGCAGGAGACAGGGGGCGGGGCAGGAGACAGGGGGCGGGGCAGGAGACAGGGGGCGGGGCAGGAGACAGGGGGCGGGGCAGGAGACAGGGGGCGGGGCAGGAGACAGGGGGCGGGGCAGGAGACAGGGGGCGGGGCAGGAGACAGGGGGCGGGGCAGGAGACAGGGGGCGGGGCAGGAGACAGGGGGCGGGGCAGGAGACAGGGGGCGGGGCAGGAGACAGAGGGCGGGGCAGGAGACAGAGGGCGGGGCAGGAGACAGAGGUCGGGGCAGGAGACAGAGGGCGGGGCAGGAGACAGAGGGCGGGGCAGGAGACAGAGGGCGGGGCAGGAGACAGAGGGCGGGGCAGGAGACAGAGGGCGGGGCAGGAGACAGAGGGCGGGGCAGGAGACAGAGGGCGGGGCAGGAGACAGAGGGCGGGGCAGGAGACAGAGGGCGGGGGGAGAGGACCGUCAGAGGGAGAGAACUCUAAGCAUCAGUGAACUACGAAGGCCUUACGAAAAUCGGGGACAGGGAGAACAGGUGAGUUCACCAGAGCAGCCUUGA